CCCCCGGCCGCACGGGGCGGCACGCAAGGCCGCGAUAGGCGCCCUAUCGUGUGCCGGAUCUGCGGCACUAUCUGCGCCGGUGGCGCUAUCGCGGCGAUAGGCGCCCCGCUCGGCCGCCGCCCGCCGGCUGCCUGCACUGUCGCCGAGCUGAGCCGCCAUGGCAGCGUUGUGUGGUGUGCGCGCGCUCCCGGCGCUACUGGUCCUGCUCGGCUGCGCCCUGGGCUGCGGCGGCUCACCGCUGCUCGAACUCGGCGAUGGUGCCGACAUCCCGACCGUGCCGACGCCGACGGAGUCGACCGUGAUCGACGUCCAGGAGCAGAUCUACAUCCUCACCGGCGUGUUCGUCACCUUCAUCGUCUUCCUGCUGGUCGUCAGUCUGGUCACCGCCUAUGUCGUCGUCGGUAUGAAUCAGACGAUCAAGACGCUGCAGGCGGCCGGCGCCGGCCUGACCGCUCAGUCGCAGAAGCGGGCCACCCGGCGCAAUCCCGUGGCCUCAGCGGCGCCACCGCAGCAGCGCGACAACAGGGCGUUCGCUCCGGACGACGACGAGGACGAGCGUUGGGGAGGGGACGAGCUGCAGAACCGCGGCUUUGACCAGUACCCCGACCAGGGCAGGAGCGAGCCGCCGCGGGCCGGCCGCCAGCUCUCCUCGCCGACACACAUCUCUGAGCCGCACGGCUUCGACCGGUUCCACCAGCCGCUGCCGGACGCGCACAUGCCGUCCGACCGCGCCCGCCGAGACAGCAACUCCAGGUACGGUGCCGGUAACCUGGCGCGCCUGCCCAAGGGCCCGGCGCCGCAGCCGGGCGGCUACGACGGCCGCUAUCCGGACGGCCGAGACCGCCGGUCGCGCUCGCCCGGCCGCGGCCAGUGGUGAGGGCAGGCGCCGACAGACAGCUGCACGGAGACCGGACUGACACGGUCCUCAGGAUAGGACUGACACGGUCCGCAGGAUAGGACACGGUGGGCAGCUACAGGGACUGUCUACGGCCCACUCCCGACAGAGGGCUGUAUGGUGACAGACGCUGAACUCAGGCUCCGUGAGACGGACCAGUGGAGUCGUGACGGCCACCGGUGUUCGGGGCGGACAGCGAACACGGCCGAGAGAGUGGCUACCAUGUGGGAAUGAGCGGCUUGAACGGAACGGCGUGGAGCUGAACAAAAUGUGAUAUCACCCUACAGAUAUGCGGUGGAAUGAUUAUUACUCAAGUACAGUUCAUGCUACUGCUGCUGAAUGCUACAAAAUUGAUUCCAUAACUCAAAUGUAAGGACAAGAUAGUAUUUAGUAAUGUGCGCGAAUUGUCAUUUGAAAAUAUAUUUGUGUUUUUGUUAAGAACUUAUCGACGAGAACUUUGAAAACGCUAGUAGUUAUUAGUGAAAUUAAACGCAAUGUAAUCUCCGCAAAUCGUUAAAUAUUAUCAUAUACACAUAUACUACCAGCGCUCGUGUUUGCAGAACGGAAGAGUGAUAAGCGUGUUAAUAUUUAAGGUGUGUGAGUCUAGAUUCCAUUCUACGAAUAAAGCCAUAAGCGUCAUGACUA